ACCGGUGGGAAAAUAAGAAAACAAUAGAUUGAACUGGCUAAUAUUAAUAUUAAUAUUGACAUGACUAGAGGCGGGAAUUAGCAGACGACAAUUAUGUAUACAUUUCAUUUAAUUCAAUAACAAAACAAACAAAAUAGCGUUUGUCGAAAAUAAAACAGUAUAAAAAGAGAUUUAAUAUAAACGGACAUAAAUCAGGUGAUUGAAACAGUUGGUUGGUCAUUUUAUUGCAAUUCAAUAUUUCAUGGAUACAGAGACGGAAUACACCAGUAACGUCGAUACCUCACACAAAUCAAAACCUGUUUUCAAGAUGACAAUUCCCCUAACUCAUUAAAAGUACCAGAUGAGAAAGAAAUGCCUUCAGCAACAGUUAGGCGUAGUAAUUCUCAGAGACUAACACCAAAGUUGAAACGGGGCACCAAUGUUGGUAGAUCAAACAGCUUUAAUCUCCUUGCUCGUCCGGUUCGACCCGGAGAUAGACUAAAUAUAGAAAGGUUAAACGCAUUUACUCCUCACGAAAAUGGGCGAGAUCUCGUUUCCGAAGCUUCACGAGAAAUUUUGUUAAAUGCUAUGAAAAUGGAAUCGCACGUUCACGACAUCUUCUUUCCUGGAGAAGACCGGGAUCCAGUAUUAGACUAUGUAGAUACACGAGGAUUUCCAGUUGAGAAACUCGCGACUGCAUUGGUAGCACAGGCAAUAUCAAGAAUUAAAGAUACUCAUAGAUUUCACCAAAUGAUUGAUAAAACAGCUUUAGAUGAUGUGUUGAGAGACAUUUAUAAUAGCUUACACUGGAAAAAGCUAGGGUUUACAUUAUAUACUUUGUGUUAUCCUGAUGUAGUUCGAGAUAGUAAAACUGGUGUAUGUUUGAGAGAUUUUAUAGAAGAUAACGGGCAUGUUUGGGCUGAGCGUCUUCUCGCACAUAUUAUGGAGCCACGAUGGACAAAACAUUGGAUGUUUAAAAUUGUCCGAGGACAAUAUUCUGAUGAAGACUAUAACAAGGAAAUGAAUGCAUUGUUUGUGAAGCUUCAUUUACUAGACCCUCAGACUGUCAUACCAGCUUUCCAGUUUCUCUUAAACCAGAAAGCUUUGCCAGUAGUGAAUUUAGAAUUGGCAACCAGGAAUUAUUUAGGUGGACCGUUUGAUUGUGCUUUAAUUGAAAGUAACGUUUUAUGUGCUGAAGAGAAAGAAACAUUGCCAGUAAAUACUUCACGACUUUCUCUUUCUGAGGUAGAAAUGUAUUUCGGGACUGAAGUAGACGAUUUCAUAGUAACUGAUUGUCGGAAUAUUGGAGUCUGGAGUGGCAAGAGACCAGAAAACCAGAAACGAUCAAAACCUUCAGAACGAUGCUCUGUCAUGUGAACGAUGUUCUGUCAUGUGAAUGAUGUUCUGUCAUGUGAAUGAUGUUCUGUCAUGUGAAUGAUGCUCUGUCAUGUGAAGGUUGUAAUUGAAAUGAAUAGUAUUUUGUUAUGUUUGAACAAAAAUGUUCGAAGAUAGUAAAAACCGUUAUUGAUGUUCUAGCCUAUCACGAACAUAUUUUUGCAAGUUUACCAUUGUUCAAAUUACGUAAUGUCACCCCUUCAUAACUUACUAAAAAUAUAUAUAUGGAUUUUGUUCAUUGUUGAAGUUAACCAGUGAUUAUUUUUACAUCAUAAUAUUUGAUCCUUGGUGGACAGUUGUCUCACUGGCAAUCAUAAUUAUAACACAUCUUCUUAUUUGUAUAUACAUUGUAGAAUUGUCAGUAUUCAGCUUUUCUGGUGUUAUACAUGUGUUAAUUAGACCGUAUUUAUUUGAGGCAAAAUGAUAUUGUUAAUAAUGAACAAUUAAAAUCACAUUUUGCUAAAGAUGUACUCACACUUAUGAAGGUUCACAGUCAUGUAGGUGUAUUUAUUUAGUAGUGGUAUGCACUGGUAUAAUGUCACAUAAAUGAUGAAAAUAAGUACAUAAUGAUAUGUACAAAAAGUUUCUUUUUCAAAAACGGAAAUUAAGUGGAUUUCAUAUUCAUUAUUCCUUAUAUGAAAAAAGUGCCACAUUGUAAAAUGAGCGGCAUUUUUUUUUAUUUGCUAUACACCUUUGUCUUAAUCAUUUUUUUUCAAAUGAAUUUCGAAUAAAAAACUAUAUUUAUGGAAAUGUGUACCAUUUAAUUUUAAGAAAGAGUUUAUUACUGUCUCAAUUUGGAAAACCAAUGAAGUGAGGUUUAAUACUUAAGAUGUGAAUACUAGAAAGCAAUACACAUAUUCCAACAGGCCUUUUCUGUGAGUAAUAAAAAGCAGUUAUACAUGUACAUACACUCUACAUAGCUUUAACUUGUCAGUUCACCUAGCCGGAAAGAUCCAAGCGAACUUUUCUCAUCACUUGGAGGUCCGUCGUCGUCCGUUAAUGUCUUCUAAAAUCUCCCAUGUAACUAGUGGAUAAAAUUCAACCAAAAGUUUAUAUUUAAUGCCAUUUUUGUAAAAUCAUUAUAGACUCUGCCUUCAAAAGCCGAUAUGUUUAUAUCUUUUUUGUGUGUGUUUUUGAUAAGAAGGUAAAGAUGAAAUAUACUAUAAGAAAUGAUUAGCAAUACAAGUUCAACAAGAAGAGAAUUUUGUCACGAAUUCUAUUCUUGUUCUACAAUACUUGAGAGAAACCAUUGUUGAAGGUGCACAUAGAUCUAGGUGAGCGACACAAUCUUAUAAGAGCCUCUUGGCUUUAGAAUGGAAAUGUUUAUCGAACUAGGGGCACUGAUAACUACAAAAGAACAAAUACCCAUGUAGGUAGCAUUUCACAUUUUGUCUCUUUAAUAGUGCAAUUUAUUGUAUAUAUUCUAUUUUUUUCAUGUUACAAUUGUCUUUAAAUUAAUGAUAUAAAAAGAUGAAACCUUUUAAA